CAAGGACAUGAUUUUUGCGGAAGGUGGAUUGUUGCAUAUUUGGUUUUCCACCCAGCAUCACAGGACGCGUCUGCUCUGAAGGAGGAGCAGACGGCGUCUCCAUGGCAACCGCAGGUCGUUUGGGGAGGAACAGCGUCUGAUAGAAUAAACAAACGAAAGUUUGAGCGACACGGAAUGGCAGGGACGUCCAGACAUGACCGGGACAUGGCCAUGAGGGCCCAACAGCAGUUGUCCGGGGUUUCCGACCCUGUGGAGAGACUCCGUCUGCAGUGCUUGACCCGCGGCUCAAGUGGAAUCAAAGGUCUGGGCAGAACCUUCAAAAUAAUGGACGACAACAACAACCGGUCACUGGACUUUAAGGAGUUCCAGAAGGGUCUGAACGACUACGGGCUGCUGAUUGAGAAAGACGAGGCCUCACUUCUGUUUCAGCGGUUUGACCAUGAUGGUAGUGGGACCAUUAACUUCGACGAGUUCCUCACCACUCUGAGGCCGCCCAUGUCCAAGUCCCGAAAGGAGGUGGUCAUGCAAGCGUUUCGGAAACUUGACAAAACCGGAGACGGGGUUAUCACCAUUGAGGACCUGCGGGGAAUUUACAACCCCAGGUACCAUCCCAAGUAUCAGAAUGGAGAUUGGACGGAGGAGCAGGUGUUCAGAACAUUCUUGGACAACUUCGAUUCUCCGUACGACAAAGAUGGAAAGGUGACCAAGGAGGAGUUCUUCAACUACUACUGUGGAGUCAGCGCAUCCAUCGACAACGACAUUUACUUCAUUAUAAUGAUGAGAAAUGCCUGGAAGCUCUGACCUACAUUAACGUUUAUGUAUAAAAAUACAGUCUUAGUUGUAUUGUGUUCAUUACGUCUUCAGUGUUGAUAAGCUUUGUGGUUUUCUUUUGUUGCUGCCUAUCUUCUCCUGCUUUCUUGUAACUUUUAUCUCCAGUGUUUCCUCAUGUUUCCUCAUUCUUCAUUGUGUCUGUCUGUGUGUGUGUGCCCCGGAGGGGGGA